AUGUCAUACCAGCACCCAACUUGGCACUGCACAGCCUGGAGGCUCCUCGUGGGGGCUUGGCGGACCCCAGCUGGCUUCAGCUACUCUGUCACCAGUGCCUGCGCUAAGGAUUCGCAAGAGAUUACCGACACGGAUCGCGAGUCGAUAUUGGACUGCUGCGCCAAGGCCUCUGCCAGCCGCGUGGUAGUGACCCACGGCACUGACACCCUGGUCGAGACAGCGAGCUACCUCGGCCGGAGGCACGCGGAGCUCAUGCCGGAGAAGGUGGUCUGCAUCACGGGCGCCAUGCGCCCAGAACGCUUCGUGGAUUCCGACGCCCACUUCAACAUGGGCGUCUGCUUCGGCGCCCUGGCGUUGGCGCCUCCCGGAGUGUACGUCUGCAUGAACGGCGCCGUGCACCCCUGGGCAGGGGCGGGCCGCGACCUGGAGACGGGCCUCUUCACGGGCUCUGCCGGAGCAGCUGCCCGAUGA